ACUACAUCAUCCCUGGAGCUAUGCCCUACGAUGCAUACCAUGACUUGCAUCUGCCCCACAACCCGCCGCUUUAUCCAACGUUCGCACGGGUUCCGAAGACCUCCUUUACAUGCGAUGGACGUAUCUCCGGAUAUUACGCGGACGUCGAGGCCGCCUGUCAGGCGUACCACCGAUGCGAGCAUAACCACCAGGCGUCGUUUCUAUGCACCAACGGCACACUCUUCAACGAGCAAUUCCAAGUUUGCGAUCAAUUCUACAAUGUUCGUUGCGGCUCGAAGUACAUCGAUUUGUAAUCAUAAAAUGUAAAUAAAUAAAUCCAGUAAUCGUGUCCUUCAGUCAGUAGUUUCGUCUGCAUUUACUAAAAUAUCAUAUUGUCUCUAAGCUGAGAUGAAACUAACAUUUACUUGCAUUGCUAGUCAGGGUGGAGUAGGUUUAAAUCUCAGAAAGCAAAACACAGCAUCAUUAAAGCGAAUCCGAUCCGUUCGUAUUUAUUCAUGAUAA